UGUCCGAGCGGCCGCGACGGGCUCCGCGCGAUCGCCGUCCUCCCCCGGCACGAUCGGUGCCACCUGCUCCGGGGGCUGCUUUCCCGUAGAGAAAGAGCCGAUGCCACCGCGCGUGUGUGUCGGUACAGACGGAUGUAUAAACACGUCUUGAGAUGCGUGCACAGCCACCAGUGCACACGGACGCGCGCUGUGUGCAUGCAUGGAUACAUUGAUGUUACAUGUAUGUGCGUUUCUUUAUUUUUCGCCCUCAAGCAAAUAUCCGGGGGAAAAAAAAGCCGCCGGGUAUUUCUUUCGAACGGAAAAAGUUUGCUGCACGGUAUUCUUCCUCUUUUUCAACGUUUUGAAAUUUGUGAAUUGGAAAUAAAGCAAAAAAAAACCCAAAAAAACCAAAACAACUGAACCCACUUAAACAAACAAACAAAUAGAAGCCUCCGCCCCCCCAAACCCCAAACAAAUUGAACGAAUGAGAAAGGCGAGGAACCGGGCUGGAGGAAAGAUUUUUGUCUUUUUAAACCCCGAAGAAUGGCGUCGACCGCGGCGUGGGGCGGCCGGUGAAGUUAACAGGUCGUGCGCGAUGGGUUCGCCCGAGAUUUGUUGUGCUUGAGAGGUCGGGGAAGACUUAUCCAUUAGCACAGUGUUAUGUGAAAUGACAUCUUCUCUCACGGUGAGUUAAACGCUGCAUUACGGCGAGAGAUUGCGAGGGAAUUUAAGGUAGAACUAAUCUCAUUUCCCGGCGCACCGCAGCCUUUCGGCUCAAAGAAAUUUGUUUGCAAAAUAAACCGCCGAGCCACGGAACUGGAGAUUCCCUCCCUGCGUCCCUUGUCCUCUCGGCGGCCCUUUUCCCAUCCUUCUCGCCGCCGCUCGAUUUCUGGGGUGGUGCAGGGCUGGGACGGCGGCGGGCGGGGGCUCAGCCGCCCCCGUGAAAGCGUUCGACCCCCGCGUUCAUUUCUCCGCCGGCGCCGAACCAAAUCACUUUUUCCCAAAGGCGAACUUUAAGGACAUGGAGGCGUGAACCAGCUGGGGGGAGUUUUUGUGAACGGCCGCCCUCUCCCAGAUGUCGUCCGCCAGAGGAUCGUGGAGCUCGCCCACCAAGGGGUCCGGCCGUGUGACAUCUCCCGGCAGCUCCGCGUCAGCCACGGCUGCGUCAGCAAAAUACUCGGCAGGUAUUACGAAACCGGGAGUAUUAAGCCUGGAGUGAUUGGAGGAUCAAAACCAAAGGUCGCCACACCCAAAGUCGUCGAAAAAAUCGCAGAGUACAAACGCCAAAAUCCCACCAUGUUUGCCUGGGAGAUCAGGGACAGGCUCCUCGCAGAGCGAGUGUGUGACAAUGACACCGUGCCCAGCGUCAGCUCCAUCAACAGGAUCAUACGGACCAAGGUGCAGCAGCCACCCAACCAGCAGGUCCCGGCUUCCAGUCACAGCAUAGCCUCCACAGGAUCAGUCACCCAGGUGUCCUCGGUAACCACUGACUCUGCGGGCUCGUCCUACUCCAUCAGCGGGAUCCUGGGAAUCGCCUCGCCCGGCACCGAGAGCAACAAGCGCAAGCGGGAUGAAGGUAUUCAGGAAUCUCCAGUACCAAAUGGCCAUUCCCUCCCCAGCAGAGAUUUUCUUCGGAAACAGAUGCGAGGAGACCUUUUCACCCAGCAGCAGCUAGAAGUGUUGGAUCGUGUCUUUGAGAGACAACAUUAUUCUGACAUUUUCACAACAACAGAGCCCAUCAAACCAGAGCAGGCAACUGAAUACUCAGCCAUGGCCUCACUAGCUGGUGGAUUGGAUGACAUGAAGGCAAACAUAACCAGCCCUACUUCAGCAGAUUUGGGAGCAAGUGUUCCUGGGCCUCAGUCCUAUCCUAUUGUCACAGGUCGCGAGCUGGCAAGUACAACCCUCCCAGGAUACCCUCCACACGUCCCUCCUGCCGGACAGGGCAGCUACUCCACUCCAGCUCUGACAGGAAUGGUGCCUGGGAGCGAGUUUUCUGGGAGCCCAUACAGCCACCCACAAUAUUCAACAUACAAUGACUCCUGGAGGUUUCCCAACCCUGGACUCCUGGGCUCACCCUACUACUACAGCGCCACAGCCCGCGGAGCAGCCGCACCAGCCGCCGCUGCUGCCUACGACCGCCACUGACGCCGGAGCUCAGGGCAUCGGCACUGACGGCACGCACGUCUGGGACCACCGGGACACCGUGCUGCCACCAUGCCAGCCACUCCAAAAGGGAAGGAGAAAGUACCUAGUAGGAGCACGAUAAUUGAAAUUUUGCUCUUUAAGCUUGUGGAACUGAUUAUUGUAUUCUUAAAUCUGGUUGGGUCCUGAAUCAAACAGAGAAACAGGAGGAAGCGGUACUCCUGAAGCUCUGUGUGGUCAAAAAUGUGUGGUAGCUUCAUGUUCUUUGCAGCCGGCUGGCUACUGCUUUAAUCGCCUGCGGGUGCCAUGGCUGUAUCUGGGGAUAAGGAAGAGGUGUGAACAGCUCCCCUUGGGGCAGCUCCCUCUUGCUGCACACUGAAACAGGCUGUGAGACUCAAGGCAAUUUUCUUUUCUUCUUCUUCUUCUUUUUUUCUUUCCUUUUCCUUUUUUUACUGUUUUUUUUUUGUUCUUUUUUUUGGUGUGUGUGGCAAAGAAAAAAUCAGUCUGCUCAGUUUUACGCAAGCACACCACUGUAAAUAUUUGCUUGUUUGUAUUACUGUAAGAGUAGCUUAAACAUAAACAGCAACAUUGUACAAGUAUGAACUCAAAACACAUCCAAAAGUGUGUUUUGAAACUGGUGCACUGAUUCAAAGAACUCCGUAAGCUUUAAGCAACUUUGAACCAGGUUAACACUCAUUGUGGCUGUAUUUUGGGCUGAUGUUGUUUCUAUAUAGAGCAUCCUAUUUGACAGUUGUGUGUGAUCAUGCUAUUUGCUUGUAUCAAACACAUGGGCAACUGAAAGACAUAGGCAAUUUUGUGAUACUUUACUGCUUAAUAUUAAUUUUUGUUAAUUUGUCAUCAUACUAAACACUGGAACAAACUCAAGUUAAGCAGCAUCCAGGAAGGAAUUCCUAAAUAACAGUUGACAUAUUAUGUAUAUCUCUAUAGAUUGUGUGCUAAAUCCCAGUCAUGAAAACCCUGAGAGGAAGGCAGAGAAAUACUGUGGUUACGAUUUUUGUUAAGUGCAUGUAGUGAGUGGCGUGUACCAGGCAUGAGGGCAGCCGCACUUUCCAAGCCAAGCUGAAGGGGAAAGUACUUGCUUUGGGGUGUCUGUACAUUUCUGUGAAGGCAUUGCAGAUUCCAGCACUGUAGUCCAGACAUGCCUGAGGGGACUUUUGCCCUGCUAAUUCCAUGUUUCUUCCCUCCUACUUGAAUAGCAAGCACUAAUAGUCACAGGUUUCAAUGUGCACCUUGUGGGGCUCUAAAUUAAGAGAGCAGAGCAGCUACCAAUGACCACUUAGCAGCUACCAAUCACUGCCUCUCCAUGGAGCCAGGAGAAGUGCUGAUCUCUCCCUGAAGCCUCCCCCUACCCCAGACCAAGGCACAGACAUCGUCAGCCACAUAAGGAUGAUGGGCAUGACCCCAUCCCUUUCCUCCUGAGGGCAGUGGAGAAGCUCCCUGGUCCUGUUGAGAUGAAGAUCUGGCUGUAGCCUCCUUACUCCCGACCCAGCCAUCCUCAUCAACCCAGAGCUGCCUGGGCUCUACUGAGGAGUCCUGUUGGAGCUUCCCUGCAGAAUAAAGGUUGUUGGUGUCAAACCUGAGAGGCACUCCUGUGGAGGAAUAUUCUAGCAGGUAUUCACCAGUUCCAGUUGUACAAACAUUUCUCUGGCAGCUACUGAGUUAACACUAUUCUCUCUUUUCCCACCUCAUAACUUGUGCUGAAUAUCUGGUAUCUGUAGUGACCACUGAUCUGCUGAGAAAUUCUCUCUCCCACUCCAUUGGCAUCCUCUCACGAUAAUGGAAAUGCAGCCAGCACUUCCAAGCUUCCAGGGCAGAUGUGUCCAAUCCUCAGCAGCUAUGGAGACAUCCAGGUGCCACCAGCUCAGUGACAUUUCAGUGUGAUGUUCACAGACCCCAUCAGAGAUUUCAGCCAGAGUCUUUUAAACCAAUCCAGCAAUAAGUUUUGUGACAAACUUAUCAGUGAGAUGAGUGCCAAUUUUAAUCUUUCAGCAAUCAAUUACUGAUACGCACCUGCUUUUAACAAAAGACAAAUUACAGCAUGGAAAAUUUACACAAGGAACCUUCUGAACCCCUGCUUUGGGUUCAUAACUAUCUGCAUAUCCUAUAAUUGCUUGCAUUUCUUGGACAAUACUGUAAAGGGCAUUUCUGUCCCUGGGACCACAUGCAAGAGCCUGGCCAGGUGGUGUGCACUGUCUCCACUCAGCACGUGCACCUUCUCUCUGAGUUCAGGAAGGCAUGUGCCUGUCCAACACUUUUACUGAAGACGUGAGAAACAAGGGUUUGACCACUGGUGCUGGUGAUGUAUCUGGAGCAGAGGUGUGCUGAGUUACACCAGCUGUUGGGACACCAUCAGCCUUGGCUAAAACAAGUCUGUGUGCCCAGUGAGGGAAGUGCAGCUCAUUGGCAUGUGGGUCCUUCACCCACUUCAGCACUCCAUCUGCUCUCCUGCAACCACAUUACUUUUACUUGUUUCCUCAGCUGUAUGUAUUGCUGAGUAUGAAUUGGACAUAUAUUAAUUCAGAUUACACUGAGAAGACCAAACAUGACAUUUCAGCAGAUGUUACCAUACUCAUGCCAGAAGUACUUUUAGGUGGGUUGGGGACUUAGGAAAGACAUAACAGAUGUGUUUCCUCCAAAUGAUGGAUGUGUGGAUGCCACUGGCUGAAGUGACCCAAAGUGCUCAGGCCUGAGUGGCCUCAAGGCUUUCAUCAGGGCAGCCCUUGACCUGCCAGGUACGGUGCUGGGCUCCAUCCCAAGGACUCUCUGGCAAGUGCUGAGAGGAGCCCUAAAACUCCCAUCCUUGCACAUGCAAAGCAGGGACUCGUACCUGACCCAUCUCCCAAAAUGUGGCAGCCAUGGCUCACUCACAUCUGCUGGGAUAUCUUUCUGUCACAAACAGCCAGUAUGAGUCAGGCCAUGGAGUAUUCAUGCCAUGCUGCUGGAAAAGGCACUUCUUGACAGUACUUUCUGUUUCUGGGAAUAUUUCAGCUGAGAUUUACAAACUGCUUCCCUCAGAAACACCUUCUGUCCAUACUCUUCAUUGUGGGAAUCCUCCUCCUUGGGCAGCAUCUCUGAAAGGCUCUAUUGGUCAUCUGGGGAUGACAGAGGAUUUCCUGCUUCCCUCUGUGCUCUGUGGCCUCACUGUGUCAUGGGGGAGGAGUUACUGGGUAAGGUGGAGAUGGGAAGCAAAUGACCCUUAGGGGCUACAAGGAAGGGAGAGAGCCAGCCCAGUUCUGGGUUUUGGGGUGCCCUGCUAAAAUUACUCAGGUGGGAUGCCCUGCAGAGCAGUGAAUCAUUACUAAACCCUUGUGGUAAUCAACCCCAUGAAGUGCCUUCAGGCAGUUUCAGCACUGAACUCUGUAAUACACUUGGUUAGGUGGAGGGUUUUCCAGUCCUUGAUGCUCCAGCAAUAAUUUUAUCAAAUACAUUGCUGACGCAGGCUAAGAAAUUAAAUCUGAGAGGUGGAGAGGGACAAUGCUGCUGUAAAACUAAAUCAAUGGAGGCCGGAGUCAGGAUUGCAUGAACUCACUUGUUGAGGAAACCUUCAGUUUAAUGCUGUCAGACCAUGACCAUAAAGAAGACACAAAAUGUUGUGGACACUGAAUUUGUUCAUCAUCUGUGUUCGAAGGUUCAGUUAUGGAGACGUUAUUGUUAGGCAGCUCUACUGACUGCAGAGCUCUGGAUGUCCCUGAAGACUGGAUCAACAGAUCAAAACUUUUCUUUGAUCACUGUCAAAGUAGAAAAACACACGGGCUCUGGCAUCAUGGGGCCAGAAAGUGACUGUUCAUUCCAAGAUAUCUGAGAAGAUCUCUGAUUGGACUGGACGAUGUUAGGACAACAUCAGUGCAUGAGGCACUUGGGAAAGAGAUGGCGAGGAAGGAAACAGCACCAGGGUACAUGGAGCUCACAAUCUGCCACCCCUCCCUGACUCUCUGACCGAGUCCUCUUGGUGCUGUAGUGUGUGGGCAGUGCAGUGGGAGAGAGUGGCGUGGUGGGUGAAGGAGUUGUGAUGGCCUCACCGUGCCAGCCCUAGCAGUUACCAGGUGUUGAUAAAUGCUUUGCCAUGCUGGUCUUAGCUAAUGGGGUUCUAUUCCUGGCUUUCUUUUUCUUUAAUUUAUGUAUUUUACACAUGCUUCAGUAUGGAGGAGAGAGGAAGACACGUCCUGUUUAUUUCCAGACGGGUACCCAUACUUCAAGAGCCGUGGCUUGUAGCAGAGUCAACUUGUGCAGCUGCCACUGGCUGCAACAUGGCUUUGAUCAGGUGUCCUUCCCAGAACCAUGCUCUUUUCUGCGUGCAUGUGCCACAGGAAAGCCUAAGAGAUAGCACAGACCUAGGCUGACCCACCCCAUAACUCUGUCCCAGCAAACUCUGGAAAAACCUGUUUUUUCUUCUGGAUUCGUUGAUGAAAUGUUAGAGGACCAACUCUAACCAACUUUAUCUCUUGGCUAACGUACCCUGAAGUCUCACUAAGCGUCCAAGGGAUGGUCUCAUGAGGGUUUUGUUAGGCACAGCCAGGUCAGGCAGCCUGUACUGACAGAGGCAGUGGGCACACAUUCCGAGCUGCAGCCAGCUGCCACUCUGCCCUGGAGGCAGAAUGCUCAGGAGCACACAAGGCUGGGGAUGCCAGCUAGGAAGCCCUUAGUUCCUCAGACCUGCUCUUGUCACAGGUAUGUGUUACCACAGUACGACAAACAAAAGGAUCUGAAAGGAUCAAAACCAGUUAAGUGUUCUUUUUCUGGUCAAGUUUAUGAGACUUGACGUGCAAAUGCUGAUGAAAAGCAUGGCAAAGUGGUGCCUGGAUUGCUCACCUCGGUGUCACAGCUGGCACAGGUGUCAGCUCCAGCAGUGGCCUCACUCAUCAGUGCUGUGAAAGGCUCAGAGAAUGCAGGAGUAACAGGGUGGGAGCCAGGCUGAAAGGACUGAGCUGGACACCGCUGCAGCAUUGCUGGGUGGGCAGGCAUGCACGCAGGGAUUGCUGUCUACACACUUGUCUGUGUAGUAUGCUACUACUUGAGUAUCUCAGAAGCUGGCAGGGGUUGUGGAGAGGUGGAUCCUAGUCGUGCAUCAGCCCCAGACACCACCCAGCCAGACCCCUGUGUCCAAGGUCUCUGGCUCUGCCUUGUCUACACGAGGUGAGGUGGGAAAAAUGGCCAGUGGGCAUUUAGACCUGCCUUUUCCUUUGCCCAGCCUCCUGCGGGAAAAAAUGUUGUCAUGGUUUUUCACUUUGUCUAGUGGCCUUUGUACAUUCCAAAAUUACAGAAACUCAUUUCAUUGCAAAUGGAAUUCCUUUCCAAGAAAAAAAAAAGAACAAACUUUUUUUUCUUAAAGACAAACUACUAUGUAUUAGGGACUUCUAGCAACAAAGAAAUACCUAUUGUAUCCACCAAAGUCUGCAAUGCCUGCAUUGAACCUUACUUCUUUAAAAAGAGAGGAAAAAGAAAGAGAGGGAGAAAAAGAAAAGCCUCCUCACCUUGAAAAGUACAUACAAACAAAAAAUAACUUACAAAAAAAUCCUAAAAAUACUGUUGAAUUGCCUUUGAAAGUAGGGGAUAACAUCUGUUGCAAAACAGAUGAAAAAAUGCUUCUUAAAAUGUGUAUGUUUUGUAUUCUUUUUUUCUAGUAGGAAAAGAACAAACUUGAAAUCUUGGUGUUUUUUCCUUAGUGCCGUGUGUUGCUUUUGUGUGUUAUAAUAUUUGAAUGUAAUUACAGCAGUGCCAAUUUGCCAAAGACGUCGAACAUUAUUUUGGGGAUUUUGUUUUGGGUUUUGUUUUUGGGUAGCAAAAAGGGAGGUGGGCUGGGGACCAGGGGUGCUAAGGCAUGGGUCAAAAAGGAGGGGCUGUCUGAAGGGGUUUUUUCUUUGUUUUUUUCUUUUUUUACAAAAUUCUUUUUCCUGUCAGUACUGGAAUUUGUGAUUUUAUUCUAAGUUAAAUGGUUGACUGCAACACUUUUUUUUUAGGUUAGUUGAAGAAACAUGCAAUAAGAUUGGCGUAGUUCAAUAUCUGUGUGUCUUUUCAUGAGAGUGACUGUUACUUGUGGACAUUUGGUUUUAUGUAACCUUUAUGUGAGAUAAUUAUUUGUAAAUAUUUACCAUAAUUUUAUUGGUUCCUAAAAUAAAAGUAAUUUUUUUAAGUUCAAAA